UGGGGUGGUGCUGUCCCUUCCGCAGGAGCCACAGGGAGAGGACCUGACAGGGCCACAGUCGGCACCCGGGUCUCCCUGGGGACACCCGUCCCCACCCUUGCUGCCCUGCCUGGUUUUCUCCAGCAUCAGACGUUGGUGGUGUCCCGUCUGUCCUGUAGGAGGGAGGAUACCAGCCGGAGCCCUGGGCGGGGGGCUGUCCUUGUUUGGCUCAGACCCUGCCACAUCUGCCAAGCGCUAUGACCCCUGCCUUGUCGCUCCAGGUGGCCUGUGAGUACGGCAUGGUGCACGUGGUCUCCGAGACAGGGGGUCCCAAAGGCAAAGACUACUGCAUACUCUACAACCCACAGUGGGCCCACCUGCCACAUGACCUUGGCAAAGCGUCUCUCCUGCAGCUGCGGGACUGGACGGCCUCCGUGCUCUGCUCCCCGCCCGACGUCCCCGCCAGGGGCUUCAGCAACCAGAUCCCGCUGGUGGCGCGCGGCAACUGCACCUUCUACGAGAAAGUGCGGCUGGCGCAGGGCGGCGGGGCGCGCGGGCUGCUCAUCGUCAGCAAGGAGGCGCUGGUCCCCCCAGGAGGCAACAAGACUCAGUAUGACGAGAUCGGCAUUCCCGUGGCCCUGCUCAGCCACAAAGACAUGCUGGACAUCUUCAAGAGCUUCGGCCGAGCGGUGAGGGCAGCGCUGUACGCCCCCAAUGAGCCCAUGCUGGACUACAACAUGGUCAUCAUCUUCGUCAUGGCUGUGGGCACCGUGGCCCUCGGGGGCUACUGGGCUGGGAGCCGGGACGUGAAGAAAAGGUACAUGAAACACAAGCGGGACGACGGGCCCGAGAAGCAGGAGGACGAGGCCGUGGACGUGACCCCUGUGAUGAUCUGUGUCUUCGUGGUCAUGUGCUGCUCCAUGCUGGUGCUGCUCUAUCACUUCUACGACCAGCUCGUCUAUGUGAUCAUCGGGAUCUUCUGCCUGUCCUCGUCCACCGGCCUCUACAGCUGUCUGUCACCGCUGGUCCAGAGGCUGCCCUUUGGCAGGUGCAGGGUCCCCGACAACAGCCUGCCCUACUUCCACAAGCGUCCUCCGGUCAGCCUGCUGCUCCUGGCGCUGCUCUGCCUGGCCGUCAGCGUGGUGUGGGGAGUCUUCCGGAACGAGGACCAGUGGGCCUGGGUCCUCCAGGACGCGCUGGGCGUCGCCUUCUGCCUCUACAUGUUGAAAACCAUCCGCCUCCCCACUUUUAAGGCCUGCACGCUGCUGCUGCUGGUGCUGUUUGUCUACGACGUCUUCUUCGUGUUCGUCACGCCCUUCCUGACCAAGAGCGGGAACAGCAUCAUGGUGGAGGUGGCCACCGGGCCCUCGGACUCGGCCACCCACGAGAAGCUCCCCAUGGUCCUGAAGGUGCCCAGACUGAACGCCUCGCCGCUGGCCCUGUGUGACCGGCCCUUCUCCCUGCUGGGCUUCGGGGACAUCCUGGUGCCAGGGCUGCUGGUGGCGUACUGCCGCAGGUUCGACGUCCAGGCGCAGUCGUCCCGGGCCUACUUCGCGGCCUGCACCGUGGCCUACGGCGUCGGGCUCCUGGUGACGUUCAUGGCCCUGGCCCUGAUGCAGCGCGGCCAGCCCGCCCUCCUCUACCUGGUGCCCUGCACGCUGGUGACAAGCUGCGCCUUGGCACUCUGGCGCGGGGAGCUGGGCACGUUCUGGACGGGCAGUGGCUUUGCGAAGGACUUACCUCCAUCUCCUUGGGCGCCGUCUUCCGCCACCGGCCCGCAGCCCGGGAAGGACUCCGACACCAGCCUCUCGCAGCCGCCUCCGGGCGAAGGACUGGCCAAGUGCCCCGUGUCCCCAGAGCAGCCCCCAGAGGAGUCCACACCUGAGGAGACUGGGGCCGGGGCGCACCCACAGGAGCCCGCGAGCCCCUCGGGCUGCACCCCCGAGCCCGCAAGCCUGGUGGGCGCCUCAGCCUAGGAGGUGGCACAGACUCUCAGGCCCUCGUCGCUACCUGCCGCGCCGAGAGACCCCGAGACUGGACCUGCCCGGCCCCCCCACCCCAAAUUGGUGCUCCGGUCUGGCCGAUGCCCCCGCUCUUCCUCCUCCUCGAGCCGAGCCCCGCUGUGCCCCGGACCCUCUUCAGCCCUGCUCCCCGCUCCGGCCCACGAGGUCACGUCGCCGUGGCUGUCGCCGUGACAGGAGUGGCUCCCAGCUCCGCGGUCUUGCCUGUCCGCCCGGUGUUUCCUCGGCAAGAGCAGGAAGCGCUGGGCCGCGGCUGCCGGGCCGCCCACAUCUGGUGCUUCCCGCGCUGCCGCUGCCUCAGGUUCUGGCCCGCAGAGCCCCGUCGUGCCGGCGCCACGUCGGACACCUCGGGGUGGGCAGGGGCGCCCGGUGGGCCCUGCCCUGCCUCCAUCCGCCUGGGCGCCUGCGCUCCAGCUUCUCCGCCUGUGAAUAAACAGCCACGACGUGUUGAACUCGAGGGGCGUCGCCUCUUGGGUCUGAGUCUCGGCCGGGCCUCGGGGCAGCUGGGCCCCCGGCCAUCCACGGGCUGCGCGCCUCCGCUCGGCUCCGUCCCUGCAGCUUCGCUGGACUCGGGCCCCCAUCCUCCCCACAGCACCUGCACGCCCUCCACCCCACCCCAGCCCGGCCUCUAGGAACACCACCGGCCAGGCGAGCGCACUUUCUAUUUAAACCACCCGGGAGCUUCUGGAAUGUGGAGAAUAUUCUGGAAUUGGCAUUUUGUCUUCUACCUCACUGACAGGGUUCUCCGAACGUCACGACGGAAAUGCCGCCGUAGGACUGGCCGCGGGGCGGCGGCCCCCACGCCAUGGCACGCGCCGUCCAUACAGCCUCCAGACUCAAGCCCGAAAGCUGUUUGCACCGACGUGACGUGAAGGCACAGACCCCCAGCCACGCGGCCCCAGCUCUGUCCCCUGUCCGUCCGCUGCUCUGCCGCAGAUGGCAGGCGUGGGGUCAACCGUGAUCCAUUCCAAAAAAUACCAGCGCCAGACAGACUCACACAGCCUUGGCCGGCCCUGCUGCUCCGAGGAGAAAGGAUGUUGAUUGGAAAAAACAAAAAGACGUUUUCUACCUGUCCCCGUGUCUCUCAAGAGGACAGGUGACCUGGGAGGGAGACCGGCUAGCCCUGCUGGCCCGGAGAGCUGCCCAGUGGGCAGGCCAGCGCGGGCUGCAGGGGCCGCGCACAGGUCCCCACCGCAGCUGGCGCGUCCCUCCAGGCCGUGUCACUCGUCGGUGCAGGACCCAGAAUCUCCGUUUUCUGUGUUUGACAAACGUCAGGGGAUUUGAAGGCGGAUGUUUGUUCCGGAAGUUUCUGUGUGCAGUCUUUGCCUCGCUUCUGUUUGAAUCUUACGAUUAAACAUAGCUUUUGAGAGUU